GCUGAACGGUUGUACAAAGCCGUCUAAAAAAUGGCGGAAGAAAGUGAUAUGGAUGCACGGAUAUUCAGGUUUCAAGACUGUGAGACGUCUCCAGAUUCGUUCUAUGACUAUCCAGCAAAUAUUCGAGACAAUUCAAUUCCACUAAUUAUUGACAAUGGUGGACACUGCUGCCGAGCAGGGUGGGCUACUGACAACAAGCCAAGAUUGAACUUCCGAAAUCUGGUUGCAAAAGCCAGAGGAAGGAAAGAUGGGGAUGCAUCAGGUGCUGGCUACUCUGUGGGGAAUGAUAUUGGAAACCUAGAGGUGGUCAGAUGGGCCUUAAGGACUCAGUUUGAUCGAGAUGUUGUAACACACUAUGAGUGCCAGGAGUAUGUGUUUGAUCACAUCUUCAGUCACCUUGGAGUCAACACACCAGGAAGUGUCAAUCAUCCUAUUGUUAUGACAGAACCAGUUUGUAACCCAAACUACUGUCGACAGUCCAUGUCUGAGUUGUUGUUUGAGUGUUACAAUGUCCCAAGUGUAGCUUAUGGAAUUGACAGCCUGUUCAGCCUUUAUUACAACUCUCCAAACUCAGACAAAACCACUGCACUUGUGGUGUCAUCUGGAUGUCAAGUCAGUCAUGUUUUGCCUGUUGUGAAUGGGAGACUGGAUGCCAGUAACUGUAAGAGGAUUAACCUGGGUGGAGCACUUGCCACAUGGUACAUGCAGCGACUCCUACAGCUCAAACAUCCCCAUCAUGCUACUCAGAUUACACUCUCAAGAGCACAGGAACUAGUUCAUAGUCAUGGUUUCAUAGCAACAGAUUAUUCCAAGGAACUGGAAGAAUGGUCUUCAUCUGAUUAUUAUGAUGAUAAUGUGCAUAAAAUUCAGUUGCCCUAUGCUCAGGUUCCAACUCCGCAAGCAAGUGGACCCAAGAAUGAAGAAAAGGAAAAGCUCAGAAGACAAAAGCAAGGAAGGAGGUUACAAGAAAUCAAUGCAAGAAGAAGAGAAGAAAAACUUGCAGAAGAACAAGAAAGGCUGCAAGAUCUGAUGAAUAUUCAGGAACUGGAAUCUCAAGACAGUGAGGAGUACCAAAGAUCAUUAACAGCAGCAGGCUUUCAGAGUUCUGAGGCAUUACAAGCUGCUAUCAAAAAUCUGACGACUUCUAUAAAAAAGCGAAAGGACAAGGUUGUCGCCAUGCAGACAGCUUUGGAAUUAGAUUCCGAGGUCAAGGAGAAAGACGAAAUUAUCGACGUUGUAUCUGAAGCGCCUGCUGCCGAGAACAAAAAGAGACUGCGAACUCCCAAAGGAGCAGCAAUGGCUGAGGAGAGAAGUGGGAAGAGAUUAAAGGAAGAGAAGAAACAAGAAAUGCAACAAAAGAGUCAAGAGGACGUGCAACGAGAGGAAACGUUUAAAACAUGGCUGACGGGUUUGCACAGAAGGAGAAAGGAAAUACUAGACGCUCGUCAACAGCGAGUACAAAGGAGAGAGGAACUGGCAAGCAGAAGAAGUCAGGCAUCCCUGGAAAGAAUGAGGAUUUUAUCACAAUUGGCUUACGAUCCGAAUGUUCGUGACGAUGGUACGACAAGAAGUUCACACAAGAAACCAAAAGAAGACACUUUCGGCCAAAACGACGAUGACUGGAUGGUGUACAGGUCAAUUAAUAAAGAUGCGGGUGACUCCGAUAGCGAAAAAGAACAGGAGGAACUGAACGAGCUAGAAAAUUUACUUAAGAAACACGAUCCCGACUUUUCAAAACGUUUUGGAGGGAAACCAGAGACUGCUGUUGAUUGGGCAGAGUAUUAUCAGCUACACCUUGGUGUAGAGAGGAUAAGAGUCCCCGAGAUAGUAUAUCAACCAUCUUUGCUGGGCAUUGAACAAGCUGGCAUUUCUGAAACUAUAGACUUCAUACUUAAUCACUACUCGACAGACUUACAGACAGCUUUAGUGCAGAACGUGUUCGUGACUGGAGGAAACACCAAGUUUCCAAACUUUCAAGAACGUCUGGAGAGAGAGCUCCUAGCUAUCCGACCAUUCCAAUCAACAUUUAGAGUUUUUAAAGCAGCCAAUCCUGUACUUGACGCCUGGAACGGAGCUCGUAAGUGGGCGAGGUCACUAAGCAGUCUACAAACAGUGAGCGUUACAAGACAGGAAUACGAGGAGAAAGGCGGUGACUACCUCAGGGAACACUUCGCUUCAAACCGUUACGUACCCACCCCUACACAGUCGUGAUUGAAUUUCAACCCUAAGCAAUUUACUGUUAGUACGGUAGAGAGUAACAGACUAAAAUAGCACUAAAUCAUACCUUGAUUUAAAAUCCUAGAGAAAAUCCUAGAAAAUCUAAAGGUUGCCUUUACAUAUCUAUUGACAACAAAAAAUAUAAACUGUAAUUUUCCAUAACUAGUUUUCCCUAAGGAGAAAUUAGUUAAGGAAUACCUAGAAGUAUUAUCCAAUCUGGAACGUACUAACUGCCCUGGAAGAUCUUGAAAGAUAUUGUCUGUUGUUGAGUGGACCGAAACUGUUGUAAAUACAUCAUCGUAAAUUGCUUAAACCUUUCGCUGUUUUGAGUGAAUUAUGACACGUUCAUAUUUGA